CAUUCUCAUUACGUUAGCGCUUUCAUCCCCAUACGCAGAGUGAGUUUGGAAAGAUGGCGGCCGGUUCUGGUGCUGCAAGUGGCCAUGGAGCCCGCAGCUCAACCGCUGCUCUAGAAUCAUCUUUGGACCGACGAUUUCAAGGAGUAUCCAACACUAUGGAGUCAAUACAGGGGCUUUCAACCUGGUGCAUUGAAAACAAGAAGCAUCACGGCCUUAUCGUUCGUUACUGGAUCAAGUGGCUCAAGAAAUCUGACAACAAUCACCGCUUGAACCUUUUCUUCCUUGCCAAUGAUGUGAUACAAAACUGCAAAAGAAAGAAUGCCAUUGUCUUUCGUUCAGCCUUCGCAGAGGUCCUUCCUAAUGCUGCUCAGCUCAUCAAAGAUGGAAAGGUCCGCAAGUCAGUGGAAAGGAUCUUUUCAAUCUGGGAGGAGAGGAGUGUGUAUCCUGAGGAGGUGAUCGCCCAGUUCAAAGCCAGCUUGAACAAAAAGGAAAAGGAGCGAGAGAAGCAAAAGGAAAAGGAAAAGGAAAAGGAGAGCCCGUCUGCAAAUGCUCCAGCCAACACUAAAGCUGCCCUCAAAUCCAAAAUUGUAGCAGAGUUCACACCCCAGUCCCUUAUUGAACAGCUGUCGAAAUACAAGAGAGCAGUUGCAGAAGAGGAGUUCAGGGAGAAGCAGCUGGCAGCUCUCAGGGUGGAUGUGUGUAGCACAGAGGCCCUCAAGAGGCUUAAAGACAAGGCAGGAGGGAACAAGUUUGCUAAGGACUUUGAGGAUGGGAGCCUGAAGCUGCAGGAGUUUGUCAGCUUCCUGGAGAAACAGCUGAAAACAGGGCCUCCUCUACUGGAAGCUCUGGGAAAUGCAGACAUUUUCUAUGAAAUGCAGUACAAGGAGGUUAAGAUUGUGGCCAAUGCAUACAGUGCCUUUGCCAACCGUGUGGCCAGUCUUAAAAAGAAACUGGAUUCCCUCAAGUCAACUCUACCUGGACCUGAGGACUCUCCCAUCCCCUCGCUCUCAGAAGAUGCCCCCUCCCCUACCGACUCUGAAUCACCCUUCAUGGAGCUGGGGGCUAGCAAAGCCCAGGUGGAUCCAGAGCUGGAUGGCAAGGCCAUGGAUGAAGCAGAGUUACCGAGUGACAACAGAGAUAUGGAGGACAUGGAUAUGUCUGAUGAAGAGGCUGAUGCUGUCACAGCAGGGGAUGAAAAGAAAGACAAGGUGUCCAGUGCUGUUGCCAAGACAAACAAGUCAGAUGCUACGUCAAAGCUUCCAACCACAGCUACAAAAGCUUCUAAGACCAGUGCCAGUGCUGCAGCCACCCCAGUGACUCCGACCUCCACUACUGCUCAGAGUGCUCCAACCACCCCUCUGGGAGUCAAUCUGGCGAAGGUGGACCUGGGAAAGAUCAGCUCCAUUCUCAGCUCACUCACAUCCGCCAUGAAGACUACUGCAGCUAGUCCAACACCUCGGCCGUCUCCUGGGACUCCCACCCUCCCCUCUAGCCAAGCAACCUCAAAAGUGCUCCCUCCGAGCCCUGCCCUGGCCAGCAUCCUGUCACGUGUUGAUAUCACACCUGAAGUUAUACUCAACGCUCUGUCUAAAACAAACACAUCUGGUUUGUCCUCUCUCCUCCACAGUGUAACAAACACCUCCUCCGCUCCUCCCACCCGAACCUCCCCAGAAUCAUCAUCAGUUAAAACCCCAGUCACCCCAACUACCCCGAAACCAACCCCCACUCUGGGGAACAACCUCAAGCGCGACACACCUGGAAGAACCAGAGACUGGGAGAAAGAGAGACAGCUGUCCCCCCCUCCUCCACCUCCUCCUCGUCACUCGGCUCCCUCUGCCUCUCCUCCCAGUCUGGAAUCAAAAAUCAACAGUUUCUUGCAGGGUAAUCCAGGCUUCAGUCUUGCUUUAGGUGAUCUCAGUCCUGACGGGGUGGAUGGGACCCCUGUGAGGGAUGAAGCUGCUGGCACCCCAACCCAGGAUGAGAUAAUGGACACACUUGGGAGUGUGCCAGAGUGUCUAGGAUCAUCUGGAGGUCAUAAUCUCUCACCCACAGCGUACCGUAGCGAACCCUGGGAUGCUGUGAUCACCCCAUCAGGAAGCAACAGUGAUGGAGACUUUCUUGGCUCUUCCUCCUCUUCCCAGUAUGGAGCUGGGAAAAAGAGCAGCUCAAAAUUAAAGGAUGAUGAUGCAAUGAAUGUGAAGAAGCAGGCGUCCUCCUACCCCAGUACUGACAUGAAGGGUAAGAAAGACGGACAGCACAGGAUGAUGGGUAACAACAGAAUGCUAGGAGAACGGAGACUCUCUUCAGGCUCUCGUAAGGCGAGUACCGGCUCAGAAGACGGAGGUCUGAGUGGCAAAAUAGAGGACAAGGGGAAAGGUCAAGAGUCUCCAGGUCGAGAUGGGAAGGAGGGCCAGUACCAUCGUAUUGAGACAUUAGUGUCACCCUGCACUGAAGGGGCCCCCAUCCUGACACUAGGCUACUCUAACCGCCCACUUGCUGGAGAGCGCAUCAAGACGGUAGAGAGCAUCCGUGUGAUUGGCCGAGGCUCUCGGCGAGGGGGAGGGUCUGGGCGGCCGGGGGGUGCUAUGUGGUAUGAAGAGGAAGAAUACAUGGAAGCUCAGCCUCCUUCACCCCACGCUGUCCCCCCUCCUCUUAACAUUGGUCAGGCAGUCACAGAGGACAUGACUCCCACAAUGCCUCCUCCUCACCCACAUCUCCUCCUUCCACAUCUUCACCCUCCUCCAUCUCAUCCUCACCCACAUCCCCCUCCCCAAGCUCAGUUCCAAAUGCCAUACCACACUGAAAACAUCCAGACCCCUCCUCCGUCCCUCCUCCCCCAGCAUCCUCCGCCUACAUCCCCUUUCUUCAGUGUUUCUCCAACGAUUCCCCCACCCCCUCCGCCUCCCGUACCGCAGCGACCUUCCCCUCCACCUGCCCACUCUGCUCUGCCCUCUGCAGUCAUGGUGGGGGGAGUGUUGGUUCCCGUUGACCGUCCCCUUUCUCUUCCUCCCCCAAUCAGACCUGAAGGUGCAGAGCGAGGUGGAGUGGGGCUCAGAGGAAACAAAGUGACCCCUCCACCCCUGAUGACCUCAUUACUAGGCGAUCCCCCUAAGCUGCCCCGUCCUGGCACAGUUAAAGAGCCUUUUGUCCCACGCCAUGCACCCCCACUCCACCGCCCAGGUGCCCCUGGUGUUCCUCCACCUUUACUGGGUAGAGUGAAGGAGCCUCUGAAUCUACCUCUUCCUUCCCCUUCUCCCUCUCCCACAUCCUCUACAACCUCUCCCUCCACACCUAACUCCCCUGCAGUUGAUGCUGCCCCCGCUCGCCUCCCUGCUCAGUCUGCUGCCCCUCCUCUCCAGAAACCCUCUGCUAGUCCUCCAGCACAGCCUCGCAGCCAAACCCCUGUUCCCCUUCUUAACUUGCCUAGCCCUCGACCCCCGAUCCUCUCAGUCCCCAUCCCACAAAGACCUCUACUCCGAGGCCGAACCCCCUCCCAGCAGCUUAAUCAAGAUCUCCGCAUAGGAGGGUUUCGUGGAGGCAAGCGGUCCGGUCCUCCAUUCACAGGCGGUCCUUUCCAGAAGAGACCCUUCCUGCCCCCACGCUACUGAUGUGGUCAUCUGUGACAAGCUGAACGAGAAGCAAGCCACACAUCUAGCAGUGCAGUGUGUGUGUGUUAGCCCUACUGGUAUGAGCUCAGAUAUCGUCACUCUGUUAAUUAGCUUGAAUUAAAAGCAACCUUGAGUCAUCUGUAAAUAGCUGAUUUAAUCUCCAUGCAUCAACUAGCUAGUCAGUCAAAACAGCUCAGAGGUUAUCCGUUACAUAUUGCAGAGUGUUGUGUAACAGCUUUCAUUUUCUCAUUUUUCUAUUUCUCAUUUGUGUUGCAGCCGUGGUUAACACUUGUUCAUAGUUUGGAAGUACCUGCUGUAAAUAAUACUUUUCUCUUGCUCAGCCUUCCUCACCCUUCUGUCCCUCUCACUGUAAGCUUGUAAAUAUAAAAACUGAAAUGAUACAGCUUUUUCUCUUCAAGCUCUUCUUUCUGUGAACGAGGACAUUGAUCGUCACUCACACACCUCGUCUUUACUGUGAUUGAGGCCUUUAGCUCCAGAAGAAAUUUUCUGCAGUAUUUGUUGCACCUUCCUGUCCUUUUGAAAGCACCAAGCAGAAGAGGAGGGUGAAGAUGAUUAUGUAUUUUUAUUUCUAACAUUAAUGUCUGUCUGUGUGCGCUUCAAGUUAGACUGAGUCAUGAAGAUACUCAGUGGGGGGAGGCAUUUCAGUUUGAAUCUCACUCUUGCUAGGCUUCAUUAUGUACUGACUUGAAUAAAAUCCAGAGUUUCAAUUCAACUUGGGGGAGGGGGGGUAUGAGGAGAGAUAUUUUAUUUGGUCACCAUUUACCACUUGAAUUGCGCUGUUUUAAUUUAUUUGUGCUGUUCAGCUGUAUAUUCUUCCUGUUUUCAGAGAAAUUGUUUUCAUUUACCUGCACAGCUGCUGCCAUUUUCACGUUUCAGUAACAUUUAACAGCUUUAUUUUUUGCACCAUAUUUUUCUACUAGAUAGAAUUAGUAGUUGUGUGUUUGUAGCACCACCCACAGAGGGGAUUUGAGAUUUGGGGGGGGGGGG